UCAUGGCCGCAGCAUGUCGCUAUGGAGGAAACAGAACCAAAGCAAUUUUCUAAUCAGCUUAGUGUCUGUUCAGCAGUACGGUUGACUAGAACGUAAGCAUUUCGUCUUUGUUUACCUCAUCGAAUCAUGGGACGCACCAAUAAUUAUCAUUUUUCGGCUGAAGUAUCGAGGCAACGGGACCCAUAAAUUAAUUGAAGUGAUGUUUACUCUCACAGAGGUAGCCGCCCUGAAUGACAUCCAGCCGACCUAUCGGAUCCUGAAACCAUGGUGGGACGUCUUUAUGGACUACCUGGGCGUCGUCAUGCUGAUGCUGGCCAUAUUUUCUGGAACCAUGCAAUUAACCAAAGACCAGGUGGUUUGCCUUCCCGUUCUGGAACCAGCUCCAGAGGACCCCAGCAGCUUCACGACACCGCAGCCAGAGGAGGGGUCAGGGUCAGGGAACGGAGGAAGCGGUGUGACUCUAGCGGCAGCGCCCCUAAUGAUUAAUGAUCUACCGGAUAGUGUCAUCCACUUCGCACAGUUUGGUGGUGUUGGACAGCAACCUCCGCCAACAGGCGUCAGGACAAACCUGGACUUUCAGCAGUAUGUUUUUGUCAAUCAGAUGUGCUACCACGUUGCCCUCCCGUGGUACUCAAAAUACUUCCCAUACCUUGCUCUCAUACACACCAUCGUCCUCAUGGUCAGCAGUAACUUUUGGUUCAAAUAUCCAAAGACUAGUUCAAAAAUAGAGCAUUUUGUGGGGAUUCUGGGGAAGUGUUUUGAGUCUCCUUGGACGACCAAGGCAUUGUCCGAGACUGCAUGUGAGGACUCUGAGGAGAAUAAGCAAAGGCUCACUGGUGCCCAUUCCCUACCAAAACAUUUCUCAACCAGCAGUGAAGAGGGAAGUCCUAACCAGUCCACCCCGAUGCUGGCUAAAUCUGGGGUCAAGUUUACUGCUGAUAAGCCUGUUAUUGAAGUCCCAUGCAUGACCAUACUGGACAAGAAAGAUGGAGAACAGGCCAAGGCCUUGUUUGAAAAGGUUAGGAAGUUCCGUGCCCACGUGGAAGACAGUGAUUUGAUCUACAAGCUCUAUGUUGCUCAAACUGUGAUCAAAACCGUGAAGUUCAUUUUGAUCUUGUGUUACACAAUGACAUUUGUUGCUUCAAUUGACUUUGACCAUGUGUGUGAGCCUGACAUAAAACAUUUAACCGGAUACUCUAAAUUCCAAUGCACACAUAACAUGGCAUUCAUGUUAAGGAAGCUGCUUGUCAGCUAUAUUUCCCUCGUCUGUAUAUAUGGCCUAAUCUGUAUAUACACUCUCUUUUGGCUGUUUCGACGACCUCUCAAGGAGUACUCUUUCGAGAAAGUCAGAGAGGAGAGUAGUUUCAGUGACAUUCCUGACGUGAAGAACGACUUUGCGUUUCUCUUGCACAUGGUCGAUCAGUAUGACCAGCUGUACUCGAAGCGUUUUGGUGUCUUCCUCUCUGAAGUCAGCGAGAAUAAACUGCGAGAGAUUAGCUUGAAUCACGAGUGGACCUUUGAGAAACUGAGACAGCAUGUAACCCGCAACGCUCAGGACAAACUGGAGCUCCAUCUCUUCAUGCUGUCAGGUCUGCCAGAUGCUGUCUUCGAUCUGACCGAUUUGGAGAUCCUAAAGCUGGAGCUGAUCCCAGAGGCCAGGAUAACAGCCAAGAUCUCCCAGAUGAUCAACCUUCAGGAGCUUCACUUUUAUCACUGCCCUGCCAAAGUUGAGCAGACCGCGUUCAGUUUCCUUCGUGACCACCUCCGGUGCCUUCAUGUCAAGUUUACAGAUGUAGCUGAGAUCCCCACCUGGGUGUACCUGUUGAAAAGUCUGAGGGAGCUAUACUUGGUCGGCAAUUUGAAUUCUGAAAACAACAAGAUGAUUGGUUUAGAAUCUCUCAGAGACCUGAGACAUCUGAAGAUUCUGCAUCUAAAAAGCAACUUGACGAAGGUCCCAACCAACAUAACAGAUCUCUCUCCACACCUGAUCAAGCUGGUUGUACAUAAUGACGGUACUAAACUCCUGGUACUGAACAGUUUGAAAAAAAUGAUGAACCUAGCUGAACUGGAGCUUCACAAUUGUGAACUGGAGAGGAUUCCCCAUGCUAUUUUCAGUUUGACCAACCUGCAGGAGCUGGACCUGAAAUCCAACAACAUUCGCACCAUUGAGGAGGUCAUCAGCUUCCAGCACCUCAAUAGGCUGAUCUGCCUUAAACUGUGGCACAAUAAAAUCAUCACCAUUCCAUUGUCCAUAAGCCACGUCAAAAACCUUGAGUCCCUCUACCUUUCGCACAACAAACUUGAAUCUCUGCCCUUACCUUUGUUUAACCUGCUGAAGCUGAGGUAUCUGGACGUUAGCCACAACUCUAUAGUGGUGAUCCCUCUGGAGAUCGGCUUCAUGCAGAACCUCCAGCACUUUGCCAUUACAGGAAACAAGGUGGAGGUGGUACCCAAGCAGCUGUUCAAGUGCACCAAAUUGAAGACACUAUGUCUGGGACACAACUGUAUCUCUGUCCUUCCAGAGAAGAUAAGCAAUCUGGUGCAGCUAACAAACCUGGAGCUUAAGGGAAACUGUCUGGACCGCCUGCCAGCCCAGCUUGGCCAGUGUCAUCUCCUCCACAGGAACUGCCUGGUGGUGGAGGACCACCUCUUUGACUCACUCCCCCUUGACGUCAAGGAGAGUAUCAAUCAGGAAGCCAACGUUCCAUUUGCUAAUGGGGUGUGAGUGUGGAAGGACAGUCACUUUACCCAUACAGGAAGGAGAUUACAAAAAUGUGGAAAUAACUGUCCAUACACAGCCAGCUAGUCAACUCUUUUAAUUACAGCAUGUGAACUGGAAUAAAGGAUUUUGCUCAGGGCUGACUCGUCGAACAGAUGAUGUUUAAACUUAUAGAAAAUGGCACUGUGCUAACUAGUCAGGUGAGUUGAUUCCAGGUACUGUGGAAAAUGCUAGAAUGAUGGUCUAGAUCCAGAAUGAUAGGUUAGUUCCAUAGUGAUCGGCUGAUUCCAGAAUAAGGAGCUGGUUCCAGAGAGUUAGUUGUAGAAUGACAGCAAUGUUUGUGUUAGACCACUAAAUGAUUAGUCAAUGUUCAGAGGAAAAGGGAUGCUCCUCUUAAUGAAACUUAAUGGUGGUGUAGAAUUCAUAGAUACCAGGGACACAGUAGCCUCAGAUUAUUGGCACCCUUGAUAAAGAUGAGCAAAAAGAAUGUAUAAAAUAAAGAAUAUAAAUUCUGAA